AUUAAAUAGUUAGCUCCUGUCUCUCUCCCUUCCGUCAAUUGCAUAGCCUCUCGCCCCUUUCUCUCCCUCUCUGAUCACUUGUAAACUUUCACCAUCUAUCUCUAAUGGCUACAAACUGCGAUUCAAGUAGCGAUGUAAUAAGUGAACUGCCAGCAGACGUUAAGGAAAUAAUUUUGGAGAGGUUACCCACUCGAGACGCGGCAAGAACUGCUAUACUCUCGACUCGGUGGAGGGAUGUUUGGUCCGGGCAGGGGCGGAUUGUGGUUGAUUGGGACUUUUUACAGUGUGUCGAAAGAUGCGAAGGUGAUAAAAGCGCAGCUUUUGUGAACAUGAUAAAUGACAUUCUCUUGCGCCAUGCUGGACCUGUUAAGAAAUUUACUCUAUGCCCUUUAUCAGAUCUUAUGCUCCAACAGUCAGAUUUAGAUCGAUGGUUGCUAUUUCUAUCAAGAAAUGGUAUUCAGGAACUUAAAAUCUUUCUGAAUUGUUGUGAACCUAAUUAUGAAUAUAAGUUGCCAUAUUGUAUACUCUCGUGCCAGACAAUUACGCAACUGAUAUUAGGCUAUUUCAGUUUUUAUUUGCCAAUAAAGGCCUGUUCUAUAUUCUCCAAUCUCACUUCAUUAGUUUUCAACUUUGUUCAAUUUAGUGAUAAACUUAAUGGAAUUGUCUACACAAUUCCUAAUCUUGAGAAGGUGGAAUUCUACAUAUGUUCAGGGAUUAGUAAUUUUGAGAUCAGAGUUCCAAAACUUGAAACCUUAUCUAUUAUUUUUUCUGCACAAGCGAUCGAAUUGCGAUGGUUUGCAUUUCAUUUGAAAGCAAUUAAGACUCUUUGCUUGAGUCAGUUCUUCUUGCAGGGUGAAGAUUUUGUAUUAGCCGCACUAAUGUUCCCAAUAGCAAUAAAUCUACAAGUAAUCAAGCUAUAUGCUUUGAAUUUUGCUAACGAAAAGCAGUUCACUAUCGCUUUGCAAUUGCUUAAAAAUUCCCCCAACCUAUGUGAACUGGAGAUUACAGCAUCACAUUUGAUAUAUUUAUCUGAUGGCGAAAGACUUCCGGAGGAUUACGGUUGUAUUAUUGAUCAAGAUCUAAAGAUGCUUCACACACUGAAGAUUAAACGUUUUAUGGGAUCCGAAUUGCAAAUGUUUUUUGUGAAAAUGUUGCUCUCUAAAUCCCCUACCUUAGAGAAAGUUGUUAUUCAAGGAACAGAUGAUCUCAAUCCUUCCAUGGCUCUCAAAAUUUCAAGAGAGUUGUUGCGCUUUCCUCGUGCAUCUCCAAAAGCACAAGUUGUCUACCUGGACUAUAACCUUGGGUAUGGAGUGGUUGGCUCCCCAGACUUUUAGGAAUUGAGAAUAUAGUGCAGCUCCAUUGCAUGGUUUAAAGUAGAAAUGUAAUCAAUGGUAGUGAACUUUUGUAAGAUAAGGAUGAUAUGUUCGUUAUUUUGCUAAGCAUAUAAUGUCUCCCUUCAAUUGUAGCUACUAGAUUUAUAUUUCAGAUGAUGUUGACGCUGAUAGUGUGAUAGGUUAUAUAAUAGGUGUGUUCUUAG